GGGAUUUAGUGGAUCUGCUAGCAUGUAAUUCAAGCUUUUUGGAGAUGUUACGGUCGAAUAUAGGCGACGCUCCGCACCAAAAUUGCUUAUCAGUUAAAACCAAUACGCUAAUUCAAAAAUACACCCAGCGGUUUGAUGUGUGCUUCAACGCUUAGCUGACAUUGCGUGACAGUUGGGGCUGCUUUGACAUAUAUUGUCGGGAAUUGACCUUGUGCGCCGGUCUCCCUUUUCACUUUUUUUUCUACUCCACGGAAUUACUGGAGUCUUGGGCGUCGCCACAAUCUAUGAACGCAUUGUGAUAAAAGUUUGAGCCACAGCCACACAAAUGCUCCUUCAACACACUUGUGUCCCGUUAAGGGGAAGCAGCCGGCUUUGCUGGAAUGUUCUGGGCUGCGAUUUCCUGUCGGCCAUGUUAGAGCAUAACUGAAGGCUAAUGCUACAGUUAGCCAGUUAGAUAAGUUGUUUUUUUUACAUCUUUCUACAAUGACGUACGUUUCCUGUGACGUAUAUGUGAUCAAACAUGUUGUAUAACGGUUUGUGCAGUUUGAACGGGGCAUGGGUAUGUUAAAUCAAAGCCGAGAUAGCUCGCUAGCUAGUUGACGUUAGCUAAUGCUAGCCAGCUUUGACAGGCCUGUUGAAUGUUCUCUAAGCGACAUAAACCACGCACUCAUUUUUGACGAGUAUGAUUAAAGCAAAAUGCCAGUUUUAAAGGCAACAAAAAAAUAAGCGUCGCUGAGGAGGUGGAGAAGAGUAUGCCGGAUUCUGCUGGUAUGCCGCAUCCUCCAAACAGCAAUGGAAGCAGACACACAAGUCAUUCAAAUGUGAAGCAAAAGUCAACGCAGAAGCUGUACACAUCAGUUCCAAAAUCAAGCAGUAAAGGACUGGACUACAAAAAGACUACGGACCUUCAAAAUUACAAGAAGGCCUUGGACUUGAAUCAUCACGGCGAUCAGAAAGACUCUGUGUUGCUUCAAAAUGGUGUCGCUCAUUGCGGUGUCAUUAUAAAUGGCUACUCGAGCAAGGACAAUGAUGGCAGCGGCUCGGAAGGCGGAUAUACAACUCCAAAGAAACGCAAGGCCAGAUGUAAUAACAUGAAGAACACGGACGAUGUGAUCGGCGAAAAAGACAUUACCAUGCAGCGGGGUGACACUGCACAGGAGCCCACAGCUUUUAAUAGUGAAGCAACUGAGAAGGGAGGGACUUCUCGACUUGAUGGUUUGAAAGUCACACAGGCUGCGUCAACUCCGAGACGGUCUGCAGCCAUUGAGGCCUCAGUGGGGGAACUGAGAAAAAACUCUGAUGGGAAAGCAGUGGGUAAAAAGACAGAGGAACGGCACAAAGCCAAGGCUUCCUCACCUUUAAAAGAGGACUCGUGGACUUUGUUCAAACCCCCUCCGGUGUUUCCUGUGGACAAUAGCAGUGCUAAAAUUGUUCCCAAGAUCAGUUAUGCAAGUAAAGUCAAAGAGAACCUCAACAAAGUAGCUCAAAGCGAAGCAGAAGCACUGCCCCUGCCUGUGAGACUGUCACAGGUCCCAAUGUCCGCUAUGAAAACCAUCACAUCAGCUAGCUUUACCAACGGGCCCGUUUCUGCUAGUGGAAACAUCUGCCCAUCAGUGGGUACCUUCUUUGCUCCUGCUGCUAGUAAUAUUCCUGCUAUGGCAAGUGGUGAGAAUGUAGCAUCUCCUUUGGAAAGUAACUGCAGCUCUACAAGUAGUCCCACGUCCCAGGGAGACACGUGUGAACUGAGAAAGUGUUCUCUCUUUAUUUUACCUUUAAAUAUGCAACCCAUGCUCCCUAGCGCUCGUCACCUCAACCCACCGGCUGCUCAGACAAAUCAGAAAGCCUUGGGAGAAAUCUUCCAGAAUCAGUGGGGGCUUUCCUUUAUUAACGAGCCCAACUUGGGGCCAGAAGGGGGAAGCGGGUCAGUGCCCGCCGAGGACAACACCACUGUGGUCGGACCUCAAAGGGAGUGUCGGGCUGCCGAGGCCAACGCUGGCCAGCCAGGUUUUGAGUCCGGCCCUUGCUUCCUGGAGCCUGGCACUUUGGCUCCAGACGCAGAGAAAAUAACUUUCACCUCAUGCAAUAUGUCUGCCGCUUGUUCUCCUCCCCUUUGCGUCUCGGGUGAAAAGGAGAACACGCUGCGGCCAUUUGACGGAGAAAAGACUGUUGAUGCUAAGAGUUCAGGUUCUGCUGUGUGUGCCCCCAGUAAGGACAAUGGUUCUAAGCCUCCACAGAGCCAGAUAACCACAGUGUUGUUCGGCUCCUCUAGAGAACAGGCCCUGUCUAAGGAUGUCAGCAGACGGCGUAGCUGGGGGUUCUUCGACCUCAAAGCUGCUGUCACUUAUCACACUAAAGAAAUGGAAUAUGUCUUCAGCUUGCAAAAACAACAUCCCCACAGAGUAGUGGUUUAUGAUGAGACCAAGGAUGGACCUGAUCAAUGAAGUAGACGUCGACUGUACUUGGCUACGUCUCUUCUGGGUGCUGUGGUUAUCUUCCUUGGAGAUCCUCGAACUUGUUGGCGUGGAAGAAAGUGGACAACUGUGAAAACACUUGUUAGUUACAGCUUGGAAGCCAUCGGCUUCUUGGAGGAUGUCGGACAAACACGCCGAUGCUCGGGACAAACGAUAAAGGAGUUUGAUCGGUGCCUCUUCAAUACGAUUGCCCGGACCGUCUCACCUUAUGGGCUGGAUAAUAUUCACAUGAGAAGGUGUUGUUGGCCGCACCUCCUUAGCCUUCAUCCCGUUCAGAUGUGGCAAGCAUCAGUCAGACUGCAUUUUCUCUCACGCUUUCAAAUGUACUCGAACGUACGCACGGCUUGAAUUCACAGCCAACAAAACGGCAAACACAGAAAUUAAUGCCUUCAAGUUGUUCAAUUAUGUCCAACUCUGUUUAUCCUGGAGGCCAGAAUCUUGUCUUAAAACCUGCAGGGCAAAUCAGAACCCUGUCGUACGUGUAAGUGUGUCGUCUUCACUGCAAUGCGACAUGUGUGUUGCAGGUGAUAUCUCACUUUUCGUUCAUGCUGUUUCAGUAUCACAUGUUUGGGAUUGAUCGUUGCAUCGCUGUUUUUAUUUGUGUUUGCGUCCAUGGGGAAAAGUUCAGAUUUCCUCUUGUCAAAUAAGUGUCGCAUUCGCCAACUUUUUAAAUCUACGCCUUUUCCGUUUUGUAUUUCCUGCAUGUUAACUGGCGGAAACUAACAAAGUCGCCGCUCAUGGUGACACUACAGCGGUUGCAACAACGUCUUUUGUCCAGCUGUGUUGAAAUGUCUGACCGUGGCUAACAUUGUCUCGCUGUCACGUGAGCAUUCUAAGACAGUCUAUUCAGUUUGGAAGCUGAUCUUAAUUAAGCCUAGGAAGCCCAAAUUGUCACCUCCAAUCAGUAUUGAUUAUGUCACGACAAAGGUUCGCUUGCUCUGAGAAGCUAUGAUUUGGUCAUUGUGUUAGCACUUUAUGUAAACUAAUUGCUUUUCUCCUAAUGUGUAGAGAUCUAUUAACAUCAACUCCUCCUGGAAAGAAUGGCUGUGCGCUGUUACUCCCCAGAACAAACAAUUAUUACAUGUAACUCAGGUAGUGUUGAUAAAGCCAUGGUAAUUGUUUCUUUUUUGGCCAAAAGACCUCUUGAUGUCCUCUAAUUGGAGUCUGAGCAUCUUAGAUGAUUUGACAAAACCCCAAAUAUUUGUUUUUAAAGCCAUCACGGUGUGCAAGAUGUGGUCUUUAAUCAUGCUAGCUCUAUUUAGCAACUAAUUUCCUCCUUUUAAGCAUGCAUGUUCCAUGUAGUGUUUUUCUAGAUGCUAGCCUGCUCCUUCACGUCAUGAUGUAUUUUUGAUUUUUUUCUCCACUUUGGCCCAGAGGUCGCGCCAAUCUGGUUCCCUGCGCUCAAGCACCCUUCUUGCUGCCGUGGCCUGAUUAGGCCUCGCUGCGCAGCCCCCCUUCCCUUUUUUGUACAAGUCAUCUUGACAUUUAACUUAAGUGUCUAAUCUCAGUCGGCUUCCCAUUCAUAAUGCUUUGUUUUGGCUUCUGUUGAGCGUUGGAAUGCUCUUGGAACAAUUGUCUUGUGUAUGAGGGAGGGUAUUAGAAGGUUUGUGUUUUGUGUGUAUGUGCAGGGAAUUUGACAUAUAAAGUGACACAAUCAUGUUCCCACUCUUAGUAAACGGAUGAAAGGGUUAUCUCUGGGCAUCUUUAGGCUUCUUUAGCAAAAACAGGGUGUUCAAACCAGUAAGUUACUGUCUUAUGAGUCCCUUGUGUUUUUGUAUUGAAAAAAGGAUGAGGGCUACAGUUGCUUAUCCUACUUUUCCAAGCACUUAAGUAGAAUAUGCAUAUAAAGAGUACAUCUAUUAGCAGUGCUGCCUGCAAACCAAAAAACAGGUUCGUGUGCGUGCGAGCUGGAAAGUCAGGCUUGAUCAUGUGGAGUAAAGUCCUCCACUUGUCUCGAUGUGCAAUCACCUCAAGGAUGCUGACGCAGGCGUCCACAUCGCCAGAGACGUUAGCCUUUUUACUUAAAAACUUUUUAGGGCAUAGUGAGUCGUCCCAAUUAUUCUAAUAUGCAAGUUCCCAUAUUUCAUAGCCCUCUCCCCUGUUGUGUUUCUGUUCAGGUGCCUGUGUGAAAAGAAAACUACUUUUACAGCAAUUUUGAUUGUUUCAAACUGCUUCCAAUAUGUAUCCGUGCCAUUUUCUUUUCUCUUUAUUUUCUCGAGCUCAUUUUCUUCUGAGCGACAUGAGCGCAGCUGAAAGCAAUGAGUCUUUUACAUGUUUUCUAGAGUUAAAGACAAGUAAAAAAAAUUAAAAAAUCACCGGCUUGUGUUGGGGUUAAAGUCCCAGCAAAGCCAAAAUCAGUCGGGAAGGGACGUUGCACGUUCCAUAUGUCUAAAGUAGCACAUAAUUCAGUUGACCUAAUUUUAACAAAUUCGUAUUUUAACAUGUUAAAAAUGUGUUUAUUUUCAAGAUGUGAACUAACUUAUCCAUAGAUGCACAAGUAGGAUGGAAUGAAAAGGAAUAAAUGAUUCAAAAUG